AUGGUAACGACUACACAUUUUAUUCCAUUUCGUGAAAAACUCAUAGAAACAACGGUGACAAGUGAAGUUGCCAUAGCCAAGAACUGGAUCCUCGCCGUACGAUUAGCCUACCAAGAGGAACCAACGGUGAUCAUCUCUCUAAACUCCAAGACCAAUCCUCAAGAUGAUGAUGCAAAAACCUCGACUCUUCAACUAUGCAUCAAAACCAAAUGCCUCAUACUCCAAUUACUUCAUAUGAAUCAAAACACCAACCUCGGCGAAUGCCUUAGUGAUCUAUUUCGCGAUGAGAGAUUUGUUUUUGUAGGAAUAGGUAUUGCUGAAACGAUAGCUAAGCUCGGUGGGCUAGUUAGAGUUGUUAAGAAAGUUGACGUUCGUGAUUUGGUAAAGGUCAAUUUUCCUUUUAGUUAUGGUGAGAGAUCAAGGCUUAGCUUGAAGGCUAUGGCUUGUGAGUUGUUGGGAUUUGGUUCGUGGAAACCGAAGAGGGAGAUUUGUCGGAGCGACUUGGCUAAUGAAGUUCUUGAUGAAGAGGUGAUUAAGUUUUUGUCCGUUGAUGCUUAUGUUUGUCAUGAAAUUGCAUUUAAGAUGCUUACACAACAAAUUAUCUAG